CGGCCGCGCCACGACCCGCUGGCUGCGUGUCUGAGAAGCCAGCCCGAGGGUGUUGAGAAGCAAAAUGGUCCAUGCUGAAGCAUUUUCACGUCCCCUGAGUCGGAAUGAAGUGGUUGGAUUAAUUUUUCGUUUAACCAUUUUUGGUGCUGUAACGUAUUUUACCAUUAAGUGGAUGGUUGAUGCCAUUGAUCCAACCAGAAAGCAAAAAGUAGAAGCUCAGAAACAGGCUGAAAAACUAAUGAAGCAAAUUGGAGUGAAAAAUGUCAAGCUUAGUGAAUACGAAAUGAGUAUUGCUGCACAUCUCGUAGACCCACUUAGCAUGCAUGUAACCUGGAGUGACAUUGCUGGCUUAGAUGAUGUUAUUACAGAUUUGAAAGACACUGUCAUUUUGCCCAUCAAGAAGAAAUAUCUGUUUGAGAAUUCCAGGCUCUUACAGCCACCAAAAGGAGUACUUCUCUAUGGCCCUCCUGGUUGUGGCAAAACACUGAUCGCCAAAGCUACAGCAAAAGAAGCAGGUUGUCGAUUUAUUAAUCUCCAGCCUUCAACACUGACAGACAAAUGGUAUGGAGAGUCUCAAAAACUGGCUGCUGCUGUCUUCUCCCUUGCUAUAAAGCUUCAGCCAUCCAUCAUCUUUAUUGACGAAAUAGAUUCCUUCUUGCGAAGUCGAUCGAGUUCUGACCAUGAAGCUACAGCUAUGAUGAAAGCUCAGUUCAUGAGUCUGUGGGAUGGACUGGACACAGAUUAUAACUGCCAAGUAAUAGUGAUGGGAGCCACCAACCGUCCUCAGGAUCUUGACUCUGCAAUCAUGAGAAGAAUGCCGACCCGGUUUCACAUCAACCAACCUGCUCUGAAACAACGAGAAGCAAUCUUGAAGUUAAUUUUAAAGAAUGAAAAUGUGGACAGGCAUGUAGAUCUUCUGGAAGUUGCUAAAGAGACCGAUGGCUUCUCCGGAAGUGAUCUGAAAGAAAUGUGCCGGGAUGCAGCACUCCUCUGUGUCAGGGAAUAUGUUAAUUCUGCCUGUGAAGAAGAGACCCAUGAUGAAGAUGAAAUCCGGCCUGUGCAGCAGCAGGAUCUCCACAGGGCAAUUGAGAAGAUGAGAAAAUCCAAGGAUGCCACACUGCAGAAUGUUUUAAUGCACGUUAGUUUAGAUUAAGACAAAAGAGUGUGUUUGCGGUUUCUGAUAUGAUUUAGGUUGACUUCUGUAAUUGGUUAGCAAAAAUAAUGUCAGGGGUGGGAGCAGGGAUGUUCCUUGAAUAAGGGAGUUCCGUUUCUGGAAUUGUUUUUAUACAACAAAUUCUAAGUUAUUGAAAUUUUGUCAUGCACAACUAGAAGUGUAACAAUAUAUCAUAAGUGGAACAAUUAUAGUCCAGACCAAGAGCAACUUGCCCGUGUCUUGUCCCAUAAUUGAUACACUGUAUAGCCUUAAAGCAGGUUCUGAUGUGGUGCAUGGGUUUGGCAGGUCACCAGCAUGGAGGGCAAACAGUCUAUUACCAGUUUGUGUAUAUAUGUACGAGCGUGUGUGUAUGUAUUAAAUGUAUAUAUCCACACCUUUUUUUUUAUACAGACAUAAUCUGUAGAUAACUUGAGUAUGGGAGAUCUUUUCUACUUACUGAAUCAAAUCAAAUCAGAAGAUGUAUAGAUUAAAGAUUUGUCGAUACUCAGUGCACAUUUACUUCUUCCUUUUAGCAGCAAGUAUGAAGAUAGGAAUUCUGCUUCUAGAAUAACUUGCAGGCAAAAUUUGAAAUGUUACUGAUUUUCCUUGCACAUGACCACUUGAAAUCUGGUGCCAUUCAGUAAAGAUAGUAAACUUCUGUAAAAAUGUUUGAAUACUUUUCAUUUUAUAUGAAUUCUGCUUUCUGAGGCUUUUUAAAUGAAUGCUGGUUUUAUUUUUCCCUUGAUGUGAGUAAUUAGAGUAGAAUCUUAACUGGUCUUUCAUAAAGUCCGAGAUAUUAUAAGCUCUCUGAAACUGUGGCUUUCUGAUCUAUUAUGCAUUGUAACCAGGACUUGCUGCUAUUUUAAUCUCCUCUGGAAGCCCCGCUGCUGCGCUGUGGCGUUGUACCAUGAAGUGUCAUACAUGUAGCUCUGAGGCAUGGGGGGGACAUUUUGUGAUGUUUUGCUCUGUCACAUGCUCUGAUUCACAAAACUCAAGAGAAUGGGUUUUAGGUUUAUAAAUGUGAUUUAGCAAUGUUCUGCUGUACUUGCUGGUAACAGUUUUAGUAAAUUCAUGUAAUGUUAUGUAAAGGCAAAGAGCUGGAAAUGUAAGUGGCAAAAGUGUUUUGCUACAGUUAUUGUCACUAGGUUUUCAGUAACUUGAUUUUUCUUCUAAUAUGAUGAAUUGUGCACUAAUUCAACACAGAUAUAUAAUCAGAAUUGUUCAAACCCCCAGGCUAGCAGCAGAGCUCUGCUAGCUGUUUGAGGGAAGGUAAGCAUUGAAAGCAUGGUAAGGACGUAACAAAAAACGCACUGCAAAGUAAAAUAAAAACAGCUGGAGCCAGCCAUGGUGCAGUAUCAGGUGCUGAUGACAAUUUACAUUAA